UUCAAGUUUCCAUUACAAACUGAAAAGGAUGUGGAGCGUUUGGAGCGAACGGUAAAACUUUAUCCUACAAUUAGAAAGCAAUAUAUACGAUAUCUUUUUUUGCACAAACAACACAAUCAGAACAUUUCAAGCCAAUUUUAUUCACUUUUCGAAAAAGCUUCAAUGGUUAAUUAUGCUUGGAAUGGCAUGGAUAACGCCGGAUGUGAAAAGAAAUUAUUAAAGGAUUACGACAUUUUCACAACUUGCAUGCUUGGGAACAAUGUGAUGGCCAGAAAAGUCAUAAAGAAAAAGAUAACUUACAUUCGAAAGGUAACUAAAAAUGAGGAUAAAAAGAUUAAAAUUGCCAAACCGGAUUCAUUCGGAUGCACGGAACAGGAUGAACUGUUCACAUUCCCUAUCACAACAAUCAAGGAGGUCGAAAGAUUAGAGAGAGCCGUAACUGAAAACAAAACAGUUAGAGACCAAUACGAAAAGAGGUUGCGAAGCAGCCUGGACGAAACACCAUCGAAGCCUUCUUUCGCGAUUUUGAAUUUGUUUAGCGACGAAGCAUUGGCCAAUUUCAACUAUAGUGGCUUAUGCAAUUACACUGGCGAUAAGAAGAAAGCGAUGAAAAAUUACCAGAUUUUUACGACUUGCAUCAACAAUGCUUGGGCCUCUACGUAUUCUGAAUGCGAAACCAUACAAUUCGUGCGAGGAGCAAUAAUUUUAAUAGGAAAUCGGAAACGAAUGAGAACUUUAAAAGGGAAAACGAAGCUAAAUCCCGCACGCAAACCUGGUGGUGAUGUGAGGAUGAUGCCACUUCAUUGUACGAGGGAACAAGUACAUCAAUAUAUGUAUGCGCUGUUCUCUCUUUUCCCGAUAACAAUCACAUAUAAUUUGUCAUUGGCUAAGUGUUGUUGUUAAAAAAAUAUGUUGGCCACGUAUACAAUUUCCUCCAUUAUGUACGUUUUCUCGUAGAUUGGUUCGCCAGUUAGGUAACAUUUCUAACUUUAGGUAAAUUGACACAAUCUAGGUUAGAGCAUAGGGAUCAGGAACAGAAAACCAACAGACUAUUUUAUACGAGCACGCGUUAGUAGGCCAAGAGAACUACAACCCUGGCACGCGAGUAAGUGGCAAAUUAUUGUUUGAAGCGCAGUCAAAAACGGUGUUUCCAACGAACAGCGAAAGUGAUAAGAGUAACACAUUCAAUAGUUAGGUACGAAUUCAUCUUGCUAGAAUGAAUUGUAAUAUACGGUAAAAGAACGAAGCGUACGAAGUUACAACAAAGUUAGGCAGUUCCCAACAAUGUCUGCUUAUCGUUUGUCUCCGUGCGGUAGACAUUCUGUAACACAGCGGAACACAAGUCUCUCAGUAGCGGAAGAAAAUGAAGCAACAAUAAAGAAAUUAAAACUAACAAAACACUUUGGCAAAAAAUCGUCCAGCAAGAUGCACUCGCGAACGUCGCGUUACUAAGGCGCCCCCUUGAAUAUUCGAAAAAGCGUUCGAUGGUAACUGCACAGCUUUAGGCGUGAGUGCAUAGUUCUAAAAGGUAUGAUGCUGGUCAUAAACCAAAAGAGAAACAGAUAAAACCGAUAAUGUGAAGCAUGAAGCAUGAUAUACAAAGCACAUCAUACGAGGAAAGCGUUUUUGGAACUAGCCGGAAGAUCCCGCGUCACAGUGGCCUGCUUUUGUAGGACCGUGAUAUGUUUGGUUUUGUAGCAAAUUUUUGUACGAAAAAUUAUUCCUCCCAGAAGAAAACAGACCAUAAUUCAAUAUUGACUGCUUCAACUUUUCCGUUUCAUCUGCUUUAUGCAAACAAAAAACGGCAAUUAGAACUGAUAUUCAAUAGCACCGUGAGCAAUAUAUUGAAAACAGAUGUAACCGUGUAUUACUGGAAACCUCAUACCCAGUCCAGUAGAGAACACAUAAACUCUUGACGCACCCAAUUCCGAAUUGAUACGGAAACAAACUAGAACUGAUUCUGUAUGGCUAUCUGACCUCCAAAAGUGAAUGAAACAAAUCAAAACUUUCAGCCAAUGCCUUGAUUUGCCUUUGAUUUCGAAUUCGGAACUGUACAGCCACCUUCGAUUAACCUACGAAAAUAUACAUAAAAAACUGGGCAAAUAGACUAACGCCGGUCGACGGCGCGUUCCUGUGCCCGUGUCCCUUCUGUGUUGCAGGAAAACAGUGUGACCAAUUGAUGAACAACACAGAGUGAAUCUCGGACAUGAUCCAGAGAAAUGAUAACGGACAAAUAAAAAAAAACCAACAAUUGAUUAUUAACAUGGCUGUUAGUGCAUUAUGUGUGUGUCGCAUUUUACAGUUGACUGUUGGACUGAUAGCAUGAUCACAGAAAGGUACAUUCAGACAUCUUUUCGUCCGCCAGCUCGUUAUAUUGACAAUUCGACUCGACUCGACUAUCGACAUGUA